CAGGUCUCCUGAAGCCCAGUCCUGUGCUCUAGCCCCCAGGCUGCAUUGCCUCCUUUAAUCUCACCUUUAGCUAAAUCGAUGCAGCUCUGUGUAGGCAAGCCCCCCAGGUUUAACUAAAUUAGUUCUAAGCCAGUGCUAAACUGGUUGAGGUUCACCUUUGUUGGGGGCUUGCAGUGGUUUAACAGGACUGAUUUAAAAUGAAUUUUGUUAAACCAGUACAGUUUCUUUCCUAUAAAGAAGGCCAAGGAUGAGCUGAAGUUAGCACCAAACUAAUAUAUGAUUUACCCCGAUUUCAAACUCAGCUGGUUCAAGCCCUGGCUUGCCCUUGUCUAUUGUUUCAGGAUCAGUACUGGAGCAGCUACAGUGAUGGCUGCAUCAGGGCUAUUCCUAAACAGACAAAGCCUGCAGACUUCUGGUGUCUCCACUAGUUAGUUUAGGUAAUGGCUGCACUGGAAGCAAUUUACACUGGAGGCUGUAUCCCUUGUAGUCUCCUAUUUCUGGGCCUCCCAACUUUCUGCAUCUUUUCCCUUUGGCCUGAAACUCUCAUUCACAGUUUAAGCCCAAAGAUAUACAUGGAGACAAGGAAAUUAGAUGGAAGUUUCUUUAAAACUGCCCUGAAUAAAGAUGAAGUUGAAAAUAUUCUCAGUGAAAUUAGUAAUCUUAAAAUGACUGAGAGAGAGAAUGGCAAAUACCAUAAAAAAAAUGAAGUCAAAUGUGAAAGCCUUUGUUCAGCUCCUCAGAACAUUCUGAGUCUUGGUCUGCAAACUCCAAGAACUCCUGCACCAGGGAUCCUACAACUAUUGCCAUCUCAAUCAUCUGAUUUCGUGGGAGAAGAAUAUUCCUCUUCAAAAAAAAUUCCCAAAUUAGGAGAAUGGAGUAUAACAACUUUUAAAGACAAUAUUAUUCCCACAGGGAGACAACUUCCUCGUACCCCAUUCUACACAAAUCAACAAGGGAAAUUGUUACUAGAAGCUUUAAAGGACCAUACAGUACUGAAUGAGAGACAUUCAACAGGUGUAGUUGGACCUAGUCAUUCAGAAUGUGAUACACUUAAGUUACAGAUUGCUGAUGUGUUGGAGAAACUGUUGAGGGAGGAGACUUCUGUAAAGACUCGUGCCUCAAAUGCAUGGGUUUACACUAGGAAAAAAGAUUCCAUUUGCCAGUGUACACAGCAGCCUGACGACAACCACAGCAUCUCUGGCAAUACAGCCGAUGGCAAGGAGGUGGCACCAUCUCUAGUUGAGGAUGAGCAAGAAUUACAAGAAAGAGUUGAAGCUCUGGAAGAUUCUCCAGUACCAAAGUGUUUCACUACUACUUCAGCAAACAGGAGAAGACUAAGUCAGAUACCCGUUCAAGGGUUGAGUGAGAUGAAUAUAUCCAUGAUGAUUAACAGAAUAAAAGGCUACCAAUGCACUAAAGAAGAUAUGGAAUUUCUUCGACACAUGAAAAACCAAGAACAAGCACAGAAGUUGAAGGCAAAAUAUUUACAUCUACAAAAGGAACUAACCAGCAUGAUUCAGACAAAGGAGCUGCUGCUAGCACAGCGAGAGAAAGUGCAAAAAGAGAUUGUACAAAUGAAAACGUCUUAUGAUAGAACAGUCCAACUUGCAAGAGCCGUCCUGGGAAAGGAAAUGGAUCCUGCCGCUGUCGAAGCGUUACCGUCAAAAGCUGUGCUUGGGCAGCUGAACCCUGUGAAACUGCAGCAUGUCCAGCAGCAAGAGAAGGCUGAACUUCAGGCACUUACAAAAGAGCUAAAGAGGUUAAAACAUUCCAUUGCCCAACCGCCUCAGAAACAGGGAAUAAGGCUGGAAAGAGAGUCUUGUAAACAACGGAUACAGGAAAUGGAACGUAGAGUACAGCAAGCACAAGAAGAUGUGGAGAAUCUGAAAUGCAAAGUUGAAGCAGCACAGUCAAAACUAGCAGAAGUUCAGGAACACCUGUGUAAUACAAGAGUUGAAAUAGAGAAGUGGCACUUGUUGAAAGAGAAGACACCUGUUUCUCAGCCACUGGAGAAUGCCCAAGAUUCUGACAAUGAUUAUCUUAAGAGAAGACUUAACAGAAUCUUGCGAAGAACAGAUAUCUUUUUAGAAAGGGAAAAAAUAAUUGAAAGACUUAAUCUUUCACAAUGAGUAUGCCCAACAAAUGCUUAAGAUGCAGCCAGAAUCAUGAGGCUAAAAUUUGUGGUUAAUGGCUGUGUAUGUGAAAGUUGAUUUUUCAAUCACAAUGUAAAUACAGGUUUGUUCUUUUCAAGUAAGGAAACUCUAAGCUACUCAAACCAAUCAUAGUGAUCUAGGAGGAGUCAUCAGGAAUUUUGCACCCUGGAAGGAAUCGCUUAAGGUCAGUGUUUAAAAGAAUAAAUUAAAGUUAUUUAUUAGCGCUUUCUUAGGCUAGGAAUUAAUUUUAGAUGGCAACUAUAAUAAUCCUGGGUGUCACAAGCCUUUCCCCUAAAUUGUUUUAAAGCAGGAUAAAUGAAGUUAGUGGAAACACAAUUUCUAUUAGAGAAAAGUGAGUUUGUCUUCAUGUCCCCUGGUACCAGCCCUCUCUUGUUAAAUGUAUCAUGAAAGAACUAGAUUCACCAAAAAGUUAAUACAUGUCCCAAUAGCAUCCUUGACUCCUACAAAGAAUGGAGGAAAGAGGAGCUGUAGGCCAGAAAUAGUGUAAUGACUCCACCAUCAGUAUGCAAGACAUUCUAGUUUUAGACUGCUAUAGGAUGUGUAUCCUUAAGAGUUCUACACAGUCAUUCCUGAACAUGAUACAUAUGUACAAUUUAUUCAAAAUACAUAAAAAUCUCACUAUUUAUACAAUCUAAAGUCUAGCAAUAUAUACAAAUACAGAGUAACUACAGUACAGGCUGAGGUAAGACAGUACAUUCUGGGAGAAUAGCCAGUUUCAUACCAAACAAAAUACUACAAUGAUUUUUGUAUCCAUUAUAGUGUACCUCUGGUUUUACUGUACAUGAGACAAUGCCACAUGUAGUUAUGCAUCUUACAGUACAGGCCAUUAGCUCAAGUUUGGCUAAAAUAAACAUUUUUAUCUUGUAAGAUGCAUAGAGUA